ACAUGAAAUGUCAAAACCGUCAAACAAAAUGUGAAAUCGGCGAAAAAAAAAACAAUAUUCACAGAAGCAGCUCGAAACAUCUACGUGAUCUACGAUAAUUUUGAUAUUUCUCAGUGUCUCAAUUAUGUCGGAAUCUAGAGUGGACGUGGGCGCGUCUACGGACGAGGAGCCGUUGAAAGAUGUGUUCGAUCAGGCCAUGAAGAUGUUUGAAAAGAUACAGAGCAGCAAUGAACCGACAAACAGCGAUGCCAUGCAGAUUAGUCUAAAAGCCGCUAUAGCAAAGUUUGAGAAAGCUACCAACUUGGUAUCCCUGUCCGGGAUGUUCAGCACCAAUGAGAGCCUGGACGAGCUCCCCACAGAGACGCUGCAGUACUUGCUGCUGCCCGCGCUGCUCGGCUCGCUGAGUCUGAAGCUGUGCGGACAGCCCAGGAAAGAGGUUAUACACCUCGCUGAGAUUUAUUUUAGAGAUUUCCUGCAGCGGUGCAAGGAUUAUGGAGUGACAGACGUAGAGGUGCCACAGCCGGCAGACAGCCAGACUCCAAAGGUGGAGCGAGUAGUCACGGAACAAGUCAAGAUUGCUAAUAUGGUGCAAAGCCGUGAAGCAAAAAUAAAACGCUACAAAGAAAUGAAAGAAUUAAAAGAAAAACUAGCAAAUCUCUCGAAAGCCAUGAACUCGGAGCUGGUGGACGAUGAAACCAAGCGGGAGUACUUCACCACAAUGUUGCAGAGUUACGUUAGCCAGGCGCUGGAUGAAUUGGGGAGCAUUGAGCAGGAGAAACCGCUAUUAGAGUAUAUGGAGAAACACGCCGGAGAGCCCAAACCGAAGCAGCCCCGAGCGCCUCCACUGCGACCGAUCAUCAUCACUAAGGACGCCAUGCAGAAGGCAGUGUUCGGCGCCGGAUAUCCCUCGCUGCCCUCCAUGACAGUCGAGGAGUUCUAUGACAAGCGAGUCAGGGAUGGGCUUUUCCCAUCGGCCUCGAAUAUCCCGCACCAGACCAUACAGAGUACAGAAGCGGAGGACGAUGACGCCGAAAAAGCGACAAAGGAAAAGUUGGAAGAAGACGAUGACGAGGAGGAGUUGGCUCGCAAGCGGAACAUGGACGAGUACAAGGACGACCACCGCCGCGGGUGGGGCAACCGGUACAACCGGAGCUAAACCAUCUUGCCCUAGUCUACCCUGUGCCACAACUUGUACAAAUAUUCACUUAUAUCAAGGACGAUAUAUACAGGAACUGAUUUUUUCGUACAAAAAAAUAACCCGGAAAUAGCCCUCAAUUCAUGUAUAAAACAAGAUGGCGCUGCUUCACAGCUUGGAAGUUAUUAGGCACCAAAAAAAUGUUGUUUAGCCUUUACACGAGUUUUUUAAAUUGCUAAAUACAUAGCUGUUAUACAACAGCGGCUAGGCCAUCCGAUCCCUACCCUACCCUAUGCACAAAAAUCUACUUUUGAAAACAUAGAUAGUUUGUUAGUUUGCUGAUCGCAAUGGACUUCGAAAACUAUCUCUUAAAUUAGCAUUCGUGUCACUUACACACAGCCAGCUAUUUUGUUUUUAGAUUCUUUACAAUAGGUAUUUUCGAUCAGACUUUCACGUCCUAAGCCGGUGGCUUGGGAAGCGCUGUGCUCCUGAACAUUAUACUCUUUUUAGUGAGGCCAUUUGAUGAUA